AUGUCGCCUCUGGAUCCGCCAUGGUCUGCGAGUCCACUUUGCCACACCGCUGGCUUUUGGGGAACUUCCUGGUGUUUGCUUCAGAAGACGUGCGGUCUCGUUGCAGAUGUGUCCGUCUUUGCUUUGGGCCGCACAAUCAUCUCAGAAUCAUUAUUGGAACGCUUGCCAGAAGAGUUUCGGCCGUUUUUUGCAAGCUUGCGCGACAAGGCUCAGCUCUUCUUUAACGACGAGCAUAGGGCGGAAAUCGGGUUUGCUUCGGCAGCUUGGUUGUCGGCAGUUGUUCUCUUCAUCUGGCACAUUCUCCACCACCUUCGGCAGAGAUAUUGGCGUUGUCCCGAAGUCUUGUUUUUCCCUGAUAAAUCCGGCACCCAUGUCCGACAUAUCUGUUUGCUACUCAGGGCAGCGAGGCGGAAGGUGUGGGUAGCAAUGUUCGCGCUCACUGACGACGUGCUAGCUGGAGAGCUUCUUUCUGCAUUUCGGCGGGGUGUAGAUGUGAAGGUGAUCGUGGAUGAUGAGCAAUGCGGCAUGCUUGGGGCAGACGCGCCGAAGCUGCUUGAAGCUGGCGUCCCCGUCCUGAUUGAUUCCUCCCCAGCUCGAAUGCAUCACAAGAUCGCCAUUGUAGACGAGUGCGUUCUCACGGGCAGCUUUAACUGGACAAAGCAAGCCAGCACGACAAACUGGGAAAAUCUUUGCAUUCUCCGGGAUCCAGCCGUGGUCGCGGCCUUUGCCAACGAAUUCCAGGCAUUGUGGAGGGAGUUUGCCACGAGGUCUCAGGAAAUGCCCGGGCGGCCUCCCCCCCAAAAAAAAAUGGAAGAAGGCCUGGAGCAGCUUGCAGAAGUGCGGAAGCAACUCAAAGAGUCCUCCGCGAGGAUCGACGGCCUGAGAGAUCUGCACCGCGAGUGGCAAGGAACUGUCGAAAGCUUGCUGGAGCGGGUGGACACGGCAUUCAAGAAUCACGAGAACGCCCUGGAAUUGCAACUCCGGGAAUUACCCGACGAGCCCAGAGAGUCCCGACGCCGGCGGUCAAUCACGGAGAGGGAUGUUGGAGGCGCCACGAGCGACCGUGGCAACAAGGCGGUGGCCCUUCAUCCAUUACUGAAGUCUCGGAAGUCUGUGCUGCAGCAUGCGCCUGCUGGGCCCCUCCGCAAGCUGCUCAUUGAGCUGCUCCCUCACAGCGAGGCAAACGGCGCAGUGAUGGACUCACCGAUCAGCAAAGCGAGGGAGAUGUGUGCCCGUCUGGUGGCUUCAAGCCUCUUCGAGUUCUUUUCCGGCUUUGUGAUCCUCUUGAACCUGGUCGCCAUCGGGGUCGAGGCCGAGAUGUCCUUGCAGGACGAGAUGUCGCAGCACAGCCUUUGGUUCAGCAGCAUCGAGAGCAUCUUCUUGGGGAUCUACUGCUUGGAAGCCGGCUUGCAACUCUUUGGGCGGGGAUGUGCUGUGCUCCAAGACCUUUGGUUCUGGAUGGAUGUCUGCCUGAUUGCCAUCGGGCUCCUUGCCCUCUGGGUCGUUCCGGCCAUCGUCGGAGGCGAAGACACCAGCGGCUUCGAGAAGUUGCUGGUGGUCCGGGGCGUGCGGCUCCUGCGUUUGGUGCGAGUCCUCCGAAUGGUGCGCCACUUCAAGAUCAUGUGGCGUUUGGUCUAUGGACUUUUGACAGCUAGCCAAACAAUCCUCUCGACGACGGCGCUGAUCCUCGUGUCACUCUUCAUCUUCGCGUGCGUGGCAGUGGAGCUCAUUGCGAAAGAUGCCGACCUUCUUGAAGACACGUCGACCCGAGACAUUGUCAUCGGACGCUUUCGAGGUGUAGGGAAGGCAAUCCUUACACUCACUCAGUUCGUGACCUUGGACGGACUCUCCGACGUCUGGUUCCCUUUGAUCGUGAAAAAGCCUUGGCUUUGGACGUACUUCCUUCCCAUCCUAGACGCUAUACAGCAAAGACUUGGGUCUCCUGAGCGGGCCAUGCUGAAGCGGAAGGUGCGGGGAGCACUGCCAGUCUUGAUUGGAAUCUUUCAAACCAUCGACACAGACCACAGUGGCUUGAUCACGAGGGAGGAGGUGUCUCACGUCCCCAUCGACAUCUUGCCACCGCGGGUGCUGGAGGCCGUCUGUGUGGACAACAUGGAAGAUAUUUUCGACCUCUUGGAUGUGGACGACUCCGGGUUUCUCACUCAGAUGGAAUUUGUGGAGGGCUUGUUGAACUUGUCACUCUUGGACAUGCCAAUGUGGACGUUACAGAACCUCCGGCUCUUGAAGUUGGUAAACAGCCGUGUGUCGAACAUUGAACAGUGCUGCGAGUGGUUGGUGCAGUCGCUACCCUACGGAUCCUACGUCGAGAGGGACGUUGUGAGCAUGUGA